UCUUACCUUUUCUGGAACCUGGAAGGUAAGGGGACAGGUUUGUUUCACAGUCUCAGGGCCAAGCCUUGGAUGUCCAGAUGCAGCCUCAAGGACCAGUAAACAUUGUGCAUCAAACUGGAAACACCAAAGCAUGGGAGGUUUACAAGGAAAUCCUGACCAAACUCUUCUCUGUGAGUGUCAGCAUACUGGCUGGGCCAGAGGAAUGUCACAGACCCAGCGGAAAACUUCCAGCCUGUCACUGACCAUUGGAUCACCAGCCAGUGGAGAGUUUAGCAGCAGCAGCAAAGCAUGUCGCAGUUAUUCCACUUUAAUUCAGCCGUUAUCCACUGACCCUCAAAGAAUGCAAAACCCAUCAAAAAACCAGACUGGAUCCACGUAUGAAGCUGCCCCUGUAUUUAUAAAGGGUCUUCAAAACAUUAGCACUACCAACGGCCAGCUAGUGGUGUUUGAAUGUCGAAUACGGGCAUCACCCACUCUUCAAGUUCACUGGUACAGAGAGCACAAUCAAAUAAUCGAUUCUGCAGACUUCCGAAUAUUGAGAAAAAAGGCCUGUUCAUCCCUGACCCCUGAGGAAGUUUGCACCUUAGUGAUUACAGAAGCAUUUCCUGAAGAUUCUGGAAUAUUUAAAUGCAUUGCUGAAAACGAGUUUGGUGCAGUAGCCUCCAGUGCACACCUUUAUGUUUCCCAAGGAACAGAGGAUAUUGAAGGUUUUGAAGUGGCUCCCUCACUGUCAGCUACACCAGCCACAAUGAAUGUCCUCUUUACACCAAACAGCCAAUGCGUAGGAAUGGGAAGUGAUGUAGACAACAAACCUUCCAGUGUUACACUACAAAUGUCUUCUGGCUCAUCAAGUCCAGAGGAACCUGCAGGUUCCAGGUGGCAAAACUAUGGUGAUGAGAGCAAGGAUUUUAGUGACAUUUAUGAAGAAACUUCAGAUAACUCAUAUCAUAGGAAUUGCCAUCAUCAAGACAGCCACACUCUGCUGAGGCAGGGAUUCUGUUCCGCCCAGGAACCUAGCCGAGAAAGGCCACAAAAUUUAUCAGCUUAUUCUUUCCAGCCACCAACCCAAAGCCUUUUUUCACCUUCUAAAACACAGGACAAUUGUGAAAUCUUCCCCAUGAGUGUCAGUAACCUCCCAUCCGUGUCCUCUAUGUAUCAACCAAGCAUGUUUAACUAUGAGCGUCCAAAACAUUUUAUCCAGUCUCAAAAUACAUAUCAAGGGAAAGCACAGCCUCCAGGACCAGAAACCUCUACUGCGCUUCCAAGCAGGCAAACCAAACAGUCUUCCAUUCUAAUCCAGCCUUGUAAUCCUAAUGAGAAGAAGUUUUCUUCCUCUUCAUCGCUGAGCUCGCCAAUCUCACUCUCCUCACCUUCAUAUAGUGCUUCAUUUCCCGUAACACCUGCAUCUGCACAGUCUCCUGCUAGCUCCUCAUCUGGGCAGAGGAUUUCAUCCAUGCAUAACCAGUCCCCUGCGGCAUUCCUUUGCUCGGUGUUGCCCUCCCACUUUGAUUAUAAUAGCCAAGGUCCUUCCUCAGUGGAGUCAAACAGUUACUCGAAGCCUAUGUACAAGAAGCAAACCAGCAGCACCAAACCAGUGCAGAAGACAUCUGACAGAGAGAUACAAGGAACGAAAGACGCCCUCAUUCAAGACUUGGAAAGGAAACUACGAUGUAAAGACAGCCUUCUCCAUAACGGGAACCAACGUUUAAGCUACGAGGAGAGAAUGGCUCGCAGGUUACUUGGACCAGAAAAUGCUGCAUCUGUGUUUGAACCACAGAGUGAAGAAAAUGUACAGGAUGGACAACAACAGAAUUUGGAAAGCACACGACUGCACGUUCCUUCAGCACAAGCAAGGAGCAGGCCAUCUUCAAGAGGGGAGAGGAAUGAGCAAGGGUCAAUCCAGGAGAAAUUUUUUCAACCACGUUUUGUACAAGUUCCUGAAGACAUAACAGUUGAAGAAGGAAGAUUUUGCAGGAUUGAUUUCAAGGUCAGCGGCCUCCCAACUCCAGAUGUGGCAUGGUACCUAAACGGAAGAUUAGUUCACCCAGAUGACUUCCAUAAAAUGAUCGUAUCUGAAAAAGGCUUCCACUCAUUCAUUUUUGAAGUAGUCAGGGUCUAUGAUGCUGGAACAUGGGAGUGUGUGGCUUUCAAUCGUGCUGGAGAAGCUUCCUUUACAGUAAAGCUAGAUGUCAUUGCACGAGAACAUCGGAAAGCCCCAACAUUCAUCUUUAAACCUCAAAGCACAAGAGUUUAUGAGGGGGAUUCAGCCAGACUUGAAUGCCAAGUGUCUGCUAUCCCCCCACCACAAAUAUACUGGAAGAGGAAUAAUGAAAUGGUACAAUUCAAUACAGACAGAAUCAGUAUGUUUCAUGAUACCUCUGGGAAGGUUUGCUUGCUGAUCCACAAUGUAAAUAAGAAAGAUGCUGGUUGGUACACAGUAUCUGCAGUCAACGAGGCAGGGGUGGCAACAUGCCAUGCCAGAUUGGACGUGGCUACUCACACAUACAAGCCAGUUCCAAACCCCAAACCACUGAAGGUUCGACCAACUUUUAGCAAAUACUUGGCACUCAAUGGUAAAGGUCUAGAUGUGAAACAAGCUUUCUUCCCGGAUGAAGGAGAGUUUCAGCGUAUGGCAGCACAGUCUGGACUCUAUGAGAGCGAUGAACUUUAACUGGCAACAGGGAAGAAACUUUCACUCCUGAAACAGACGUAUAUGAACAGCACAUGCAGUUAAGCGGUUAUUGCGCUGAUAAGCAAACGUACCUAAUAUAUUUUUAUUUAUUAUUUAACUCCUGCUCUUAGUUCUGCUGUUGUGAUUUUACUAAGUCUGAUUUUUAUAAAUGUAUGUGACUGUAGCAAGAAGGAAAUCCAAAUGUUUGUAUUUUUAAAUUUUAAAGGCCAAGAAACAAGGCCAGUGGAUGAUCAUGAAAGUGUAGAUGGUUUGAAUGCAUCUAGAUUCAGUCACAAUAUUUUUAUUUGUACUGCUUUGUUAAUACUAUGCCCCAUAGUAUUAUAAUUGUCUGCUGCCUGGCUAUUAAACAUAACUUGAGUGCUUUUAAUGAAAGUUUUAUGUCUGAUGCAAAUAAAAUUUUAAAUAUAA